AUGACAGUGUUAGCCAGUUGGGCUCGGUUUGCGCACACUGCCUCAGUAACUAGAGGCGAAUUGUGGUACGUUUUGACGCAUAAAAACCGUAGUAAAUUCUGCGGGUAAUGAUCAAUUCGAGUAAUAUAUUUUCACACAUGUUUAGUUUUAGUAUUAGUUAGUGCAGUGCUUCUAUAGUGAAUUAAAAUGAGAGCCAACCAAUGAAAUUCAUAUAUUCAGGCGUUACGACUGAUCUGUCUAACUGAAUUUGAUGGUUUAUCAUAUGCUGAUAAAAUGUGGAAAUCUUUAAAAGUUUUAUUCAUCAAAUAUUUAGAAACAUAGUUUAUAAACAUUAUGUAUUCAAUGCUGGUCACUGUCGAAAUUGAAUAUAAUUUUUUUGUAACAGAAUUUAUAUUGAAUAUUUGAAAUUUUACAAAUACAAUUACGAUAAUGCCUUCGUUCAAUCAAGAAAUAAACGUUGAUCUUAAUUCCAAUGAAAAUUGCCUCUAUAAGAUUGAUUCAAAAGAGGAAAAGAAAGAAGUCAAGUAUGUCGCCAACGACGUAGUAAGCAACGGAGUGCCAGAAGGCCUUAACGAUGAUCAGAAGCUAGCCUUUGCAUUAAGAGAUUUUUUGGGACCGUCAAAUACUGUUUUGGACGAAGAAGAGCCCUCUCCAUCCAACAUUGAGCAGAAACUGCCUUAUAUCGAUGAAGUCGUUGAUAAUGAAGAAGCUGCACAAUCCGAUGAUGAGCCGACACAAAGUUAUGAAACAGACGAAGUACUUAAUAAUGCUGCAUGCCGACUUAGACGAUGGCGAGCGGCGUCCAGAAAACUUCGUCGUCCGCGAAUUAUUAAUAAUUUAAAUACAAAAGAGGGUUGUAACGGUGGAGUAAAAACAGUUAAUAGUCAUACAGAUCUGGCCGACCGUUUGCGGAGUUUAGCAGCAGCAAGUAAUAUGUCAGCCUCAGCUGGGGAAUUGCUGUCUCUGGCGCCUCCACCUCCAGCCGCGACUGCUCCACCAUCGCCGGGUUGUCUGCUUACACCUUCACUAGCAGAUCAGAGUUCAUCAGAAUAUUUCGGUUCGAGUCCCGAAUGUUGUGCUGACAACAGUGGACAGAAGAGUGGUUCUGUGGGCACCCCAUUGCCACCCCCUGGACCGCGCUACAAGCUUGCCACGGAAGGUGCCCUCAGGAUCUGCAGUUUCCAACACACAAGGACAGUCGUCGACAAGAUCCUUGGAGCAAAGUUCUUCAGGAAAUGGGAAACACACGUACUGUGUUUACUAGAAUAUCACAUUGUAUCUAAAACUCCUUCUGGUCUCUUGGAAAGACCGUUGACGUAUAGCUGCAUGCAGGAGGUUUAUUGCAUCACUCGAUGGGAUCAAGCGAGGAAAUACUGCCUGCGUAUUGUCAUGCCGCACGGAUCGCUUCUCUUACAGGCAAACGACGCUUACACAAGGGACCAAUGGUAUUACUCAAUAAUCUGGAGGAAAAACAUGAUAAGGUACAGAAAUUUUUUGACCAAAUCAGUAAGGAAAGAAGUCGUAUUCAAAGAGCUUAAGAAUAUGGUGGAUUUCGUGAUGACAACACCGUUACAAGACGAAAGUGUUACCAGAUCACCUCUUCAAAUCCUGACCGAUCUACUAUCAGAAAACAAAGAUAGCUCAGAUUGGGAGGAGUGGACGGAAACGGCGGCUAGCGUUGCGGCUCCACUGCUAGCGGAGAGGUGUGUGAGCGGGGAGCUUUGUUCGUUGCUAGCUCGUCUCUGCAGGCGGAGACCUCGAGCCGCUCCCUUACCCGCUCUCGCUCCGCCCGUCAGGCGCGUCCUUACAAGAAACGUAGACUUCGGAAAAGCCCCCAGCGCGAGACAAUUUGUCAGAGAUUACAUUAGCGCCUUAAGCUGUCACAACUCCGGCGAGCAAUUGGUCCGUCGUUUCGUGGAGGUGACCCACGGCAGCCGGGCGCUCUGCCCUCACCCCCGGGCUGCCCCCAACCUGACAGCUGUGUCACUCGCCGCCAUCGACGAUCACUACCGUGACAAACCAAAACCGCACGUCUGCGACGACAGCGAACAUGAAGUCCUAUGCUUUGCUGACAUCCUCGAACACAUGUGUGAAUAUGACGACUGGCUCGUGGUAGUGGGAGGCGUACUCCAGCCUGUGCCGCUGUGUGUGAGUGCUAUGAGCUGUCCCCGUGUCUGUGCUCGUCUGUGCACUGUGCUCGGCCGAUUGUCACGGGACCCUCGCUGUGCUUGUCAUGGCUGCGUGUCGCCAGCUCGUGCCGCCCGCCCAUCACCGCCCUCCUGGUUAAGAGCCUGCGCACCGUCUGAUCCCAUAUUGGCGCUGCCACAAGAACAGCUGUGCAAACUCUGGGGAGAUAUGUUGAAAUCACUACUCAACUGUUGCUGCAAGAGGAAAAGUUUCUUACAAGCGAUGAGCAAACACGUUCCUGAUUUCGUGAUGGUUGCUCUCACUGAACACCCUGCGGCAUUAGAAGCUUUAUGUCUAAUGUUGGAAUGGGAGGUUGCAACCGGCGAGCAAACACAAUUGGAAAUAAUAGCGGCCUUACAAGGAACAGAAUUAGGACAAAAGUAUUACAAAGACUUGUGCGAAAGACAACAAACCUUGCAAAGGCUGCAAUCUCAGGGCGGUCCUCGUCGUCUAGCGCUGCCUGUUCGUGCGACGGACGCCGAUGUCGCAGCGCUGCUAGAAGCCGGUGCUCUUGGAAACCUUGAAUGUCUCAGCCUCGCCUUCACCAGCGUCACUAGUGAAUGUGCGCAGCACUUAAUUAAGUUGCCGUCAUUGCGCUACCUAAAUUUGUGGGCCACACAAUUUGGAGACAGUGGCGUCCAGCUCAUAGCUGAACAUCUUCCUCGUCUUCAAGUCCUAAAUCUAUGCGAGACGCCCGUUUCAGAUAAAGGAAUCGAAGCUUUGUCAGGUCUCUCCAGUCUCCGGAGGUUAAAUUUGAACAGCACCAAGUUAUCUGCUGAAGCGUUUCAAGUCCUGCGUCAGAGGUUACCACAUUUGCAGGAGUACGACAUCAGGUAUACUGAGGCAUGGUGACAACGAGACCCCGCGCCUAGCGCGCUCAACCUACUAUCAGACUCUUAAAGAUAUUUAGGAUCUCAUUGUGAAAUAUGCAGUUUUUGGCUCUUGCACCAAGGGUCAGACCAAAUUAAUUCUAAUUCAACGGUUCUUAGAGCCCGAUCACAUGAAACAAAAGUUCUAUGUACUUUAUAUUAAGAUCGUUUAGAAUAAAUUAAAUUGUUAAAUUUUGGAUUAUGUUAAGAGCCAAUGACUCCGUCAAACUAUUUCCAAACUAUACGAUUUUAAAUUUAAAUGAAACUGAGCUGCCUGAUAUUUUAAUAUCUUAAUUAACCCAACGUGAAGGUGUGGGUAUUGUAAAAUAGUAUAUAGUCCUUAAAUGUCAUGUAUAUAGAUUAUAGGUAUAUUAUUUUAGCAUUUAAAUUAUAGAAAUUAUUUUGUAAAUAAAGUAUGCCUUGCAAAUGAGAGUUAUGAGGGUGAGGAAUAUCGUUUAAAGUGAAGCUUACAAUGUGCAAGUAUUGUCAAUAUACUAUUGCUAAACCAUCACUAUAAAUAAGAUAAUUGAAAUGACAUUAUUUUUAUCAUUGAUUCCUCAUUAAAUGCAAUUUUAUGGUAAGAUUAUUUUGUAUAUUAUAAAGAUUAGAUAAAUUCGAAUUCUUCUUUUUUUUGUUAAGUAAUAAAUGUAAAUGAUGCUAUGAUGUUUAUGUUAAAAAUUUAGAUGUGUUGCCAUAAGUUACUGUAAUUCCUAUUUCUGUAAAUUUGUGCUGUCGAUUUGCUUUGUACAUUAAGGUCUAUUGAAAGCAUUUAUAGUUGUUUACAAUUAUAAUUUCAAUAAUAUUAAAUUAUCAUAGCAACUUCUGUUACUUUUUAAUUUUAAACGAAAACUGUAAAAUUUACGAUAUUUCGUAAAAUUGUGUCAAAUUAAUUCUUAUUUAAGAAAUCAAACUUAUUUUUCCUAUGUUAGUAUUCAGUUUUUGUUGUGAUUACCCUUAAUAGUUACUUAAUUGUUGGUGUUAUUUAAUAGUACAUGUAAUUUCUAUAUUAUCAUAAAUAUACCAUAUAAAGUAAUUUUGAUGGGUAUAUUAAUAAGUUACAAUUAGAUUGAAAAUAAAAAGAAAAAUGACUAUCGAAUCACACUUUUGUACUUUUACAUUAUUUUAAAAUGAUUAUAUGUGUAGUAAAUUCUUAUCAGACAUCAUAAAUGAAUAUGUCAUGAGAAGCCUGUGGUAUUUUAAUUGAAAUUAGACAGCACCAAAUUCAUUUUCUGGUCAUAAGAAAUACGCUUCAAUCAUAAGUAUUGUUAGAUUAAGAUGUUGAGAUCGUCAUGGCUGUGAAGAAUGAAGCGAAUGAACAGUGUACAUGUGGUGUUCGACCUAAAAUCUUUGAUAUUAUAUUAUGUUUAUCUAUUACUAGUAAUUUACAAUUUAACUAUUCCCUUUUACUGCCCUAAAUCUCAAUAAGAAACUGUAUACAAACAUAAAACAUGGCAAAUCAGUUAUAAUAUGAUCUCACUUAUUCCUUACUAAUAUACCGGUAAAAAGUUAUAUCCGUAUGUUACACAAUAUACACUUGGACGAAUCAGGAUGUAUUAGUGUUGAUGGAAAUAAUGUGAUAGUUUUAUUAAAUAAGGUUAGGUCUUACAUGUGUAUUCUUAAAUCUGUAAAACUUUAGUGUAUGAACACCAAAUAAUUGUUGAUCUUUUAAAUAUUAAUUAAGAUGUAAUAAAUAAAUUGAAAUUUUAAUGUCUCGCAACUUGCUUUUGCAAUAUGUUGACUAUCAAUAAUUAUAUUGCACUUUAGAUUUUAGGAGUGUUAUUAAAAUUUACAUACAUAAAGAGGUUAAAAGACUUAAGAGUUUUUUAUUUGUAAUAAAAGUUAGAAAUAAUAA